GCCAGUAAUGUUAAUAUUGAAAAACGAAGGCGGGAUGCUGGCAAACCACUUGAAUUGCAACUUGAUCCAGCGACAGACAAAGUGGUUGGUACUGAGCACCAAGCUUUUGUUCGUCAAUUGAGUACUGAAGUUACAUUACUAUUGCCGGGACAUUAUUUAGAUUUUAAAGAUGUUCCUCAGCAAUAUAAAGACCAGGUCGUUCAAAAGAUGAAGGUAAAAAAAAAUACCUAAUUUUUUUAUAUUAUACAUUUUAGUCUAUAAAAAUUUAAACUAACAAUUUUUGUUUUAGUAUUACUAUAAUAUCGAUGGGCAUCCAGAACCUGAAAGAGUUAUGGGAACUCUGUAUAUGGAGAUGCGCAAAAGAUAUUCAGAGAGAAAGAAUAUUAGGCAUUCUCAUUUCCAAAAAUAUUAUUCUGGAAAUCCGAAUGAUUUGGAUAGUGCUCUCAAUGCUAUUCCUGACUUGUGCUCGAAGGAGAGCUGGAAAGAAAUCGUCGAUUUGUUUCUGAGCCCAAAGUUUAUAGCGCGAUCCACGCAGAACAAAAAAAAUAGAAAGGAAAUGAAGUAUUUGUCGACGCAAGGCUCUAAAUCAAUGGCAGCGAUCCGUAACGAAUAUGAUGAACCUGAUGAGCAUGCUAUUGAUGCUUGGAAAGAUACUCAUAUAAAAAAAUCUACGAAGACUUGGGUUAGCGAAACUUGCAAAGAACUACAUGAACAAAUGACCCAAGAGAUGGAGAGGCAAAAUAUUCAAAGUAGUCGGUCAGGUUCUGAAUCUGCUUCUAGUGAAGGUUCUACUGCUAAAUCAAUACAGUAUCAGAUUAUGGAUAAAGUUCUUGGCUCGAGGUCUGAUUAUCAAAUAGGAGUGGGAUACAGGCCUAAAGGCAAAGGAAAGAAAUCAGCAUCUAGCUCCACAAGUCAAAGUCCAAGCCAAAAUCAGUCACAAGUUCCUACUAAUGUGACUCCAGAGAUGAUGGGAGUUUUGGCUGAGAUGUGGGUUAAGAUGCGUGAUAAAGUCGAGUCAGGAAAUUUUCAGACUGAUUCUUCUCUCCAUGACCCACACUAUGAAAGUUUAUUGCAGCAGUUCUUACCUUCUCAACAGCAAGGUAGUACGUCUAAUCAAAGCCCGGGGACGUCGUCGAUGCCACAGCAACCACAACCACAACAAAAUUCUCCAAACAUAUCUGGUGGUUCCUCUCAGUCGCCACUUUUUAAUUAUAUGUUUGGACUUUCUUCCCAGUUUCCUCAGACACAACCUAUGGGAAGUCAGUUUGGAGGAUUACCGCAGCAGCAGCAACAACAACAUAUGUAUGGUCAAUUUGGGCCGUUCAUGCAGCAGCAGCCGGUAUAUCCUCAUUAUGGAGGAUCGACACAGCAGCCCGUUUAUAAUCAGCAGUACUACACUUCUCCGAAUCAACAACAACAGCAGUCUCCUUUGAUUCGUCCACAGCCUCGACCAUAUUAUCCUUCGCCGCCAGCACCACAGUCUCAUGAAGGUCUGAGUCGAAGCACGAAUGUUGAAGAUUUUUUAAAUGAACAUUUUGAUGAAGACAAUAAUAAUUAG